CUGCCCUCAGUUUGCUGCUUCCUCUUUUGCCUGUGUGUGAAAAGAAGAAGUGCCUCAUGUCUUGGAGGGAACUCCUUCCCCCCUGGCUGGUGAUCGUGGCGGGACUGACGGGCAUCGUGCUCCUUUGUGUCUCUACUAAAGAUGUGCCUGUGCCUCCUCUCAGGACCAAGUAUGGCAUUAUUGUGGAUGCUGGCCCAUCCCGCUCCAUCCUGCUCAUCUACCAGUGGAGCAGCACCAAGGCAAACGAGACUGGGGUGAUCAGGGAAUGCAGCUCCUGCCCUGUGCAAGGUCUGGGAGUCUCCAGCUACUCAGAUUCUCCUCAGAAAGUAGUGAAGAGCUUGGAGCCAUGUUUGAACUGGGCCCAGAAACAGAUCCCAGCAGAGCAGCACAGCCAAACCCCUCUUUACUUGGGAGCAACCACCAGCAUGAGGCAGCUGAACCUCAGCCAUCCCAUCCUUCCUGAAGGUCUCCUUGCAGCCCUGACUGUGACCCUGAAGUCCUCUCCCUUCAGCUUUCAGGGGACACAGCUCCUGUCCAGCCCAGACAAAGAGGCAUUCAACUGGGUUGCUGUUAACUAUGUCCUGGAAAACUUCUUCAAGUACAACUGGCAAGGAGAAUUAAUCCCCUCCAGGAAGGGGAUGGCAGGAGUCCUGUCUGUGGGAGGAACAUCCACACAGCUCACUUCCAAGGCAGAAGAGGAGAACCAGGUCCCAAAAGAGAGAGUGAGGCUGCAGCUGUAUGGGCAGACACACAGCGUGGUCACCUGGCACUGCCCCUGCCACGGCACACGGCGGCUCCGCAGCAGCCUGCUCUCCCUGCUCAUCCAGGAUCAGAGAAGUGCUGAGACUGUGUCUAAUCCCUGCUGGCCCCUCACCUACUCCCAGGAGGUGCAGUGGCAGUCAGUGCACACUGGGGCUUGUGCUGGCAGCAGUGCCACAGGGAGCAUCCCUGGCCCUCAGGAGCUCUUCAACAUCACUGGUUCCAGCGAUCCCAGUGCCUGCCUGAGGCUUGUGCAGAGGCUGCUCAACUCCUCCUCCUCCUGCAGCUUCUCCCAGCACUCCAACAGUGUUUUCAAGCCCCUCCAGACCAGGUUGCUGGUGACUUCUGAGGCCAUGGACUUCAUGAGGGAAACUGUGCUGUCUCCUGACCUGGGGCAGGCAGUCAACAGGCUGUGUGGGAUGUCUGUCCAAGAGCUGGUUCAGGAGUCCCAGACAAGCCUGGAUACACUUGCUGAUUACUGCACUGUGUCUGCCUUCAUCUUUCAUCUCAGCACAAAGGGAUACACGUUGGACUGGGCUGGCUCAGCCUGGGCUGCAUUCCAGAAGAAGAUGGGUGAUGCAUCAUCUGGCUGGACUCUUGGGUAUCUGCUGAAUCUGACCAACACCAUCCCUCAGGACAGCCCCAGAGUCCUCAAGGGCAUUGAACCAGGGGUCUGGUGUCUGCUCCUCAUCCUCUUUGUGGUGCUGCUCACUGGCUGCUUCAUGCGCAUCUCGUACCGAGUGAUGCUGCAGGAGAACAGCCUCAGCACCAGGAACAGCAGCGUCUUUGAUGACAACUGAUGGUUCUCUGGGACUCCACACUCUUGCUAGAGGGCAGCUGGUAGGGUACACACAGAAAUCACCCAGGUGGAAGUCACUGGAGGAUGCAAGGGGCUUUCCUGCAGGACUCCCAGAGCCUCGGUGCCUGCUGGCCUCAUAGACAGCAGCUCCUGCUCUGCAGUGGAUGGCAAGAGAUUGAUGCUCCAAAUGAGAGCAGCCUGCACACAUCCUGCCUGGGCUGCAGCUGAGGUUACUCAUGUCAGCCUAAUGAAAUGAUGCCUCUGAGCAGGCAGCCCCUGAGCUGCUGCAAAGUUGCUAUUGAGUAACCCUGGCUAAGCAGGAGAGGGGGUGCCUGAAAGAAAAGUGCUCUGGCCUCUGCUGUACCUACAACAGAGACAUCUGCAGCAUUGCCACUAGUGAAGACUGGAACAGCACCAAAAUAUAGUCAGAAGAGACCAGCCAGCUGGCUUCCACCUUCCAAGGAAGAAGCAGGUAUUUCUGCCUGCUGCUACUGACCUGGCUGCUCUUCCAUCCCAGUGGCAAUGCACAUGUGGCCCUUCCAGAGAAUGCUCCUGCUGGCCAAGAAGCCUUGAAGAGCAAUGCCUUGUGGCCUUGGUCUCUGUGAAACAUGCAGAGCAUCAAAGGAGAAACAAAGGGCACAGCCAUGCAGCUGAGCUCCUGUCUCAGCUGAGCCAUGGCAGCUCAGGGCUCAACUGUCCAUUGAAACUCCUUAAGGAGGACUUUAAUGAACACACUUCAUGUCACACCUGCUGCUGUGGGGAGCAUGCUGUGCUGAGGCUCAGCACUUUGGUCACUUGCUGGCUCAGAAAGUGAAGCACCUCAUCUAAUAUUGGCCUUUAAAGAAGAGCAGCCCCAGGAGCAGAAGCUUUCCUGGCAGUGCAAUGACUUUCAGAUCAGACUGUGACCAGAGUUACUUGAUAAUCCAGUCCUCUAGAUUCCUCUGGGGAUGUGGCAGUGACUCCAGCUCUCUGGCUGCUCUGGCUCCCUAAACAGUGAGAUGCUGCACAAAUCCUCUGUGUUGUUGUGGGGAAAAGGGGUUGAUUCAAGCAGAGCCCUUUGACUAAAGCAUUUAGAGUUCACUUCUCACUUUGCUUCAGAGACUGAAGCACACAGGCUGUUAAAAGCCUCCAAGACCAGUGUCUCCAACUUCUUUCAAACCACUUUAAACAGAAAUGUAAAUGCUCCCAGAUGCAGUCAUGUGCCUUCCAGGACUUUUAAGGCCACUACAACACCCAAAUCCUUUCAAAUCUGAUUAUUAAUCCCUUGUGCUCUCAAAUAAUACACAGGACACCCCCCACACGCCCUAAUAUUGGGGUAUUCAUACAUUUUCAGGCCCAUUAAUGAAGGUCUGGAGCGUGUCAGUCAGGUUUGUGGGGGUGUGGAACCAGACUGAAACCAGCUGCACUUUCAUUUCUUUG